GUGUGAACAUCUGGGAAACGUUAUGAAAUGCUGAACUGGACAUUUUUACAAAGACAGUUUCCAGUUUCUGCAGAAGUUGAACAGAAAACCUGACGUUUCUUCUUCUGCUCGAGCGUUUCUGCAGAGACCUUCACAGAGACAGACGUGGACUGUCAGUCUUCAUCUCGGAGGACGACAGACAGAGACGCCGCCAUCAUGGCAGACUACCCGUACGAGAAGCAAGAUGAUGAUGAUAACACCUGGAUCAAAGAGCCUCCUGCUCUCUCCCUCUCAGGUGUCUCCAGGUUCAGACGUUGGUUGUUUCCUGCUCUGGCAGCUGUAGCCUUCCUGGUUCUGAUCAUAGCAGUGGGAGCUAUCAACACAAAGACGUCGAAUCGCCUGUCCUCUGUGGAGCAGAGCGUGUCCAACCUGAGCAGCGUCCUCCAAUCACUGAACGCCUCCCUGCAGCACGCUGAAGAGACAGCCAGGACAGUUCACUCACUGCAGUCUGAAGUGAAGAACAACAGGCAGCAGCUGACCUCAGUGUCGGAGGCCUUGAAGCAGCUGUCCGUCGUGGACUCUCUCAGCAGGAGCGUCGCUCUGCUCAAAUGUUCCCUCGAACACAUCAUCAACAACAGUUCAGUGGGGGACGGCUGCUGUCCCCUGGGUUGGAAAAUGUUCAGCUCCACCUGUUAUUUCUUCAGCACUUUGCCUCUGUCCUGGAACGAGUCCAAACACUGGUGUGAGAGACAGGAGUCCCACCUGCUCGUCCUCACCACUGAUAAGGAGUGGGACUUUGUGACCCAUCAGACAGUUCCUGAGUGGUUCUGGGUCGGUCUGAGUGAUGGGAGAACUGGGAGGUGGGAGUGGGUGAACCAGACUCCGUACACCAUGGAGCGCAGGCACUGGGUUCCCGGGCAGCCUGACAGCUGGACCGGUCACGGCCUCGGCCACGGAGACGAGGACUGCGCUCACCUGCACAGGAGUGGACGCCUCAACGACCUGCACUGCUCCACCAACCUGCGCUACAUCUGCCAGAAACACAGCGUGCACACCUGAACGGACCCGCCGCACCGUCCUGGCUCCGCCCACACACGGCUCACCUCACCUGUUAGUAAAUGACAUGAACAGCUCUGACCAAUCAGGUGUCAGGAACUUGUCACAGAUUCAAUACAAAGAUGAUGCUGUCAAUAAAAAAACAUGGCCGCCUGGA